CUAGAUCUAGCCAAAUUGGCAGCACUGGGGCUCAACAACAACAAACGCAAAAAGCAGAAGAAAAAUUCGCGCAGUUAACAAUUAAAUUAACAAAACCACCAAAUUCCUUGUGUAUGCCUGCUGUAACAUACAUAACAUGGAUGAUGUGCCAGUCAAGAUAGUGGAACGCUAUAAACCUCCGCCAGCAUCCGUCUACCAGUUGCCUCAAUCAAUCCUCAACAGAUUGGGCCAGGGGGGCCAAAGGCAAGAAAAGGAGGAUGAUCACGCGGAGUAUGACUUCCAAUUGGAGAAAUGUGUACUGGAGAAGGCCCAGCGUUGGCAUCAAUUGCGCCAGCAGCAACGUCAAGAGCGCCAGGAGCGGCAAGAGAAACGAAAACGCGAAUUGGAAGCGAAACAAAAGGCUAUUUUGGGUGCUGUCGAAUAUCCCAGUGCGUCAUCCUCAGAAGAUGAUAUCGACGAUGACGAAGAUAAGCAAUCCCAGCAGCAGUCACAUGGGCAAAUUACACAGAAGGAGCCAGAAAAGCAUGACUCACCAAUUAAACCAAAGUCAAUAAUUGUGUGUAAUUUUAAUAACAUCCUGCAGCCCACAAUCCUGACAAGCAGCAGUGGCAAUGGCACACCAAUGGCCAAUAGUUGUGAUACUUCCAAUGCCACUAGCAAACAAACUGCUGUAAAUGGUCCCACACACAAACGAAAUAGUUCAUUUAAUUAUGCCGAUUUCGAAUAUAAUAUGAACUCAACCCCAUUUGAUAAUUGUGAAUUGAAAACCAUCAACGAUUUAGAUAUACUCGCUCAGGUGCUGCAUCAGACGCAGCUGGAGGAGAGAAGGGACCAACAGCAGCCAACAAAUGAACAAGCAAAGGAACUGCCAACACUAACAACCGCUCCUGAACCCGCUCCCGCUGAGCUGACAGUCACCACUCUGGCUGAGACCAAAGCAGCGCUAGAUAGCGUCAAUUUCCAUGUUAACUGUGAUGAAGACGAUGGUGAUAAUAGCAUUCCAUCUAGACGUGUACAGGAUACAUCCGUUUCCUCCUCUUCCGCAUCUGCCUUUUAUCAAACGCCCAACUAUUCGCCAUCGCAACAACAGCAACAAUUCCAGGCCUAUCAGCUGCAGGGCUACAACCAGCUUUAUUAUCCUCAACAAGAGCAGCAAGUUUACCACAAUCAACAUAACUAUUUUAAUGGAUUUGGCACGCCUCCUAACACUCAGCACACUUCCUCACCGUGGACAACGCAGACAAUUUGCUUGGCACCACAGCAGCAUCAGCAACUACUGCAGCAGGAAGUGGAUAUUAAAUCAAAGAGUGUUCCAGAUAUAUUACGUGAAUUGAAAACCGAAUUACAACAGCAGGCAGACAAGCGUCGCAAUCGCCUCCAUAGUCACAAUGAGAAGGACCAUAGACAGGAACGAGAUACAGAGAAAGAGUUUGAAGACAAUAGCAAGGAAAUGCUAGCUCGAGCGGAUUCGAAUCAAAUGUAUCAAGGUCUGGCUGGACCGGCCCGAAAAUUGGCCAAACGAAUCAGUAUGAUGGGUUUCCCUUUGGAGCGUGUUGCCAAAGUGGUAAACCUAUGCGGCAUUGAUGAUAAAAAGAUAAUCGAACAUCUCAUACCUUUGGGUGAACUAAUGGAUCUCGGUUUUGAUGAAACGAAAAUCUCAGCAGCUCUAAUGAAGUUCAAUAACAACAAAGACAAAGCAUUAGACGAUUUAAUAAACUAACUAGUUCAAUUAUAUAUAUAUAUAUAUGCAUAUACAUACACUCAUAUAGUAAUGACCGGGUCCGCUGAUAAGUAAAUAAUAACACUGAGCCACACAUUUUUCUUACCUGAAUCAAAAACAUUUGCUUACCAAAUAAAAUGAAAUAUAUUCAGUA